AUGUUUACGAGCGUCAAGCCGUUCUUCCGCGGGACGAACUUUGCCGUCGACCGCUUCAUGAAGGCGAUGGUUGACGCGAACGCCGGUCUCACGGAAGCCCCGGCGUCGACUGCGCACGCGCUGUACGUCUUGCUCCGUGCGCUCGUCCGCGACGCGACGCUCGCCAACGCCGUUAUGGCGAGCGCGAUGGCCGAGAAGAGCCGGCUGCAGUGGCUGGCGCUGCACAAGGCCUGGAUGCACGAGGCCACGACGACCGACGUCAUUGCGAAGAAGAACUUCGCCAACCUCGUCCUCGCGUCGGACACGUUCCACGACCGCGUCGCAGCGCUCUUGAAGAUGUCCAAGGCUGCGACGUCCGCCAAGGGCAGCUUCCUCGGCGCCGCGGACUAUGACAAGAUCCGCUUGGCGGUUCUCGUAUCCAACGUCGCCGUGGAGCUCGUCAACACGAGCGCGGCAGCGGCGACAGGCGCGGCGAUCGAGACAGGCGCGGUGGCGGCGACGAGCGCGGUGGCGGCGACGAGCGCGGUGGCGGCGACGUACCACGUCCUGGCGGACGCGCCGCUCUUCCAGGCCGUCCUCGAGAUCGUCGAGGCGACGGGCAUGCUGCCGCAGCUGCCGCAGCUGAUCCAAGCCGCCAUGAACGGCAACCAAGUCGUGCUGCCCACGGUCGAGGCGUCGCCGCUGGUCGGAGGGGAGUACCGCAACCUGAUUGCGCACACGCCUUUCCGCGAGAACGAGCCCGACUUGCUGUAUUAUACUGCGACGAAGCCGAAUGCCACGACGGACGAUAACGCCAUCGACUUGAGCAAGACGGGCGAUCUCGCGCCGGUGGCCGAAACACUUGUGGCAGCCGCCGCACCGGUGGCCGAAACACUUGUGGCCGCACCGGUCGACCGCCUCGUGGCCGCGGUCGACGAUCUCGACUUGGCCAACAAGUCGCACGCGGCCAUGCAGACAGCGUUUGAAGCAACGGCUUCGGACUUGCAGCGGGUCGCCAACGACCUGCGCGCGUUGACGCAAGCCGUCUCGGUCGUGCCGACGCUCAACAGCGCGGCGAUGGAGGCGCAGGCGCAAGCUUUCAACGCCCAGCUGGCGUCAAUGCGCUUCGGCGCCGAGCAGCAGAUGGCUGCGCUGGCCAGCACGUUCCAUAACACGCUUGUGACGGCCUUUGGCGCCGCGGCAGGCCAGGCCGCCAACAUGGCGGCCUAUGUGCACCACUUGGAGCAGCAAAACGCGUGGCUGCAGGCCCAGUUGGCCGCCCAAGGCGCGCCAGCGCAGUGGCGCGCUGCUCAAGGCGCGUCGGACGUGGACAUGUCGGCCGUGGACAUGGAGGAUGGCUUCUAUGAUGACGCGGCGCCGUCUACGGCACCAGCACCGUCACCCUUUGGCCAACAUGCGCCGCCGCAAGCCGACACGACGCCCGCGCGCGCCGAGGGCAGCAUCAACGAGUCGCUCCUCGGUCUUCUGAACGAGAUGCCAGCGGCCAAGGCGCGAAGCAAGGCGACUCCUGCCCCACAGCCGGCAACGGGCACCAACCCGUUUGCCCCGUUCCCAGCUCGCAAGCGCCCCGCCGGACCGCCCAUGCGUGCCCCAGCAGCUAAAAAGCCAACCCAUUUCUAGGCUGUUGUCCUCUGAUAUUACACAGUGGUUUCGAGUUGGAUUGCGA